AUUGUAAAAUAAAUGUUCAUACGUAAAUCAUCUAAUAACCUGUGUUUAUAAGUAAUAAAGUUUUUUUUCAUAGUUCUAACAAUUUUUGGUUUCGAUUCACUGACCCAAUAGGUUAUGGGCCCAGGAAAUAGUGUUAAAAAGACAAAAAGUGACAUAUAAACUGUGUUGAACUUAUAAUAAUAUUAAAGAAUAUGCGUCUUAAACAAAGAAGCGUAAUUGGUGCAUACAUAUAACAGUUUGGCGUCAUAAGUGAAUAGAUAGUUACGACGUUUACGAGAUGAUCGUAUUAUAUACUUACGUACCGAAUGUAUGUAUAUAACCUAUCGUUAUUUUAUUUGCAUUAUUGAAGAAGAUUAAUUAACUUUAUUAUGGCUGCUUCGGUUAAAAUCGACCAACUUACUGGUGAUAAUUAUGAUACAUGGAAGAUCCAUAUGCGGGCUAUUUUGAAGAAAAAUGACCUGUGGGAUUAUGUGUCGGGCGCGAUACCGAAGCCUGCGAAAACUGACGCCAAGUUUGCCGAGUGGUGUAAAAUGGACGGUAAAGCCGAGUCGGACAUUUUGUUAGCUGUUAGCCCGAGCGAGUUAAUAGCACUGGAUGGAUUAGAUACUUCUAAACCUAUAUGGGACAAAUUAAAAUCAAUGUACCAGUCUAGUGGACCGGCACGGAAAGCAUCUUUAUUAAAGAAACUUGUCCUGACUCGUAUGCAAGAAGAAGAUGACUUGCGUAAACACAUAGCAGAUUUUUUCGAUGCUGUCAAAAAAUUAAAAGAAAUUGGUCUCGUAGUUAUUGAUGAACUGCUUGCUAUAUUAUUAUUGUACAGUUUACCCGAAUCCUUUACAAUGUUUCGUACGGCUAUGGAGUCACGGGAUGAUUUACCAUCUACAGAAAUAUUAAAAGUUAAAAUUAUUGAGGAUUAUGAAGGCAGAAAAUCGAAGGAGUCUGAUCAAGGGGCAUUGUUUGUGAAGCGUAACAAGGUGCAUACUUAUAAGAAAGGCGAAACGUACGUAACUAAAAACAAAAAUAAAAGUGAAUGUUAUCGUUGCGGUCGCUAUGGGCAUUAUGCGAAGGAAUGUAGAAGUAAGUACAUAAAGAAAACAAAACAAAGUGCGCAACAGUUAGAACGAAAAACUAGUGAACAGAAACACACAGGUAGUAUUAAUACAAUGCUUAGUACCACUGAAGAAGUGAUGUCAGGUGAACAUAAAAGUCAUGUGUGGUGCAUCGACAGCGGGUGCACAGGACAUAUGUGCAAUGAGAAGCAAAAAUUAAAGGGAUUUACGUAUGUAGACAGUGAAUUAAAUUUGGCCAAUAAUGAGAGCUCACGAAUUGCUGGAAAAGGUAAGGUGAGCAUUAAUAUGGACACAGGCCGCUGCCUGUGUCCACAUUAAGCGAGAGCGCCGAGUUGACAUCGACAACGUUUUUUAUGUAUCGGAUUUACGCACAAAUUUACUGUCGGUGGCUAAAAUAACAGAUCAUGGUUUCGAGGUACGAUUCAGGAAGAGUGACGCAAUCGUGAUUGACGAAGAAAAUAAAAUUCAUAUGCGAGCUGAUCGAAUUGGCAACUUAUACCAUGUGCGAUUAUGUCAAAGCAGUGUGAGUAAUGUUGAAGCUGUAAAAAAAUCAAUAGAUUUAUGGCACGAGCGUUUAGGUCAUCUUAAUGAACGUGACCUAAAAAUCAUGGCGAAAAAAAAUUUAGUCCAUGGAUUAAACAUUAAGGACAACGAAAAAUUGUCAGAGUGUGAGAUUUGUAUGAGUGAGAAGCAAACUUGUAAACCUUUUCCUAAGGGCUUCAACAAUCGUACAAGUGAACUAUUAGAAAUUGUACAUACAGAUGUAUGUGGUCCGAUGAGACACCAAUCAUUUGCUGGAAAAAGAUAUUUUGUUACAUUUAUUGACGAUAAAUCACGCUGUUGUGAAGUCUAUUUUAUUCGCAAUAAAAGUGAUGUAUUUAAUAUAUUCAAAAAUUAUAAAGCCGAAGUUGAAAAUUUUACUGGAAAGAAAAUAAAGUGUCUUCAAUCAGAUAAUGGAUGUGAAUAUGUAAACAAUGAAUUUAAUAAUUUUCUGAAGACAAAUGGCAUCACACGGAGAUUAUCAGUACCACAUACACCCCAACAAAAUGGCGUUGCUGAAAGAAAGAAUAGGACUUUAAUAGAAAUGGCACGAUGUAUGAUGCGCCAAGCCGGAUGUCCGCCGUCAUUUUGGGCAGAAGCUGUUAAUACCGCUAACUAUAUACGAAAUAGAUGUCCAACGAGAGCUAUUAAUGGGGAGAUACCAUUUACUAUAUGGAAAGGAAAUAAACCUACAGUUAUAUAUAUGCAAGUGUUCGGAUCUAAAGUUUAUUAUAAAGAGAAAGGUAAACAAAGGGGAAAAUUUGAUUCAACUUCAGAAGUAGGCAUUUUUAUGGGAUACGAUACACAAUCAAAAGCUUAUAGAAUUCAUAACCCAAGAAACAAGAAAAUAAUUUUGAGUAGGAAUGUCAAAAUCCUGAAUAAAACAGCUUUUAGACAUGAAUAUGAGGACAUACUCAAUAAAGAACAAGGGGUGGAACAGGAUAAAAUAAUAUCAGAUUUAAAUGAACCUGUAGAAAAUAUAGAACAAAUGACAAAACCGUUGGAAAAUUCAAAUAAUGAAGAUGAUGAGAGAAGUAGAACGAUUACAAGAUCACCAAGAGAAAGAAAAGCCACUGUAUCAUGGGAAAGAUUGAUAAAACCUUCUAAAGGAGAUCAAAGACGUUCGAGAUUAGUUCGUGUUAUAACAAAACCAACAACACCUUUUGAUGAUGGAGACCACAUUUAUGAGAACACGGAAUCGGAAGAAAUCCAAUUUGCAGGGAUUGCAACAAUAGAGCCAAUGACAUGGAAUGAAGCCGAAAAGACAGAUGAUGUAAACUAAUGGAGAAAAGCCUUGGAAAAUGAAUUUUUAGCUCAAAUUAAAAAUGACACAUGGGAAAUAGUGCUUAGACCUCAUGAUCGAAAAGUAAUUGGGAGUCGAUUUGUAUUCAGUACCAAAAAUUAUAAUAAGCAAAGGCAGAUGAAAGUACGUCUUGUCGCAAAAGGCUGCUCACAACGGCCAGGGGAGGAUUUUCAUGAAACUUAUUCUCCUGUCGUAAAAUCGUCAUCAAUUAGAAUUUUAGCAGCAAUUUCAGCUGAGCUUGGACUAGAUAUACAUCAUAUGGAUGUUGUCACUGCAUACUUGAAUGGUCGACUUGAAGAAGAAGUUUAUAUGAAUUUACCAGAACAAUUAAGCGCAGUUUUAGACAAAAUACUCUCAAACAAAAAGAUUGGUUCUUCUGAAAGUGUUAUUCUAGACACUAAAAUAACUGAGACGGCUAAGCGUUGGCGUAAGAUGAUGAACGAAUGUGAUGAUUGUGUUUGUUUAUUGAAGAAGUCAUUGUAUGGUUUACGUCAGUCAGGGCUACAGUGGCAUAAAGAAUUAGUGCGAAUGUUGUUAAGUAUAGGCUUUAAGGCAUUACCUCAAGAUCAGUGUGUUUUUGUAGCGCGGAAGAAUGAGCACAUAAUGUUGAUUGCUAUAUAUGUCAAUGAUCUUAUUUUAGCUACAAAUGAUAAUGUAUGGUUAAAUAAUGUUAAAAAUAAACUGUCAAAUAAAUUUGAAAUGAAAGAUAUGGGAAAAAUUUCUGAUUGUUUAGGUAUACAGUUUUCACGUGAUAAUGAGGAUAGAGUGUAUAUGGAACAGAGUGUGUAUAUUGAAAGACUGUUGGAACGCUUUGGCAUGUGUGAAUGCAAACCAGCAUUAACACCUAUCGAUGUUAAUGUAAAAUUAAUGAAGCCUGAGAGUGUGAAUGAGAGUGUAAUGAAGCAGUAUCCGUAUCAAAGCUUGGUAGGUGCUUUGAUGUUUUUAGCAGUAUCAACUAGGCCUGAUGUCACUUACAGCGUUAACUACUUAAGCCAAUUUAAUACUAAUUAUAAUGUUGAGCACUGGAAGGCAGCAAAACGUGUAUUGCGAUAUUUGAAAGGCAUUCCUAACUACGGUUUAGUGUAUGAGAGGACAGGUUUGUCAUUGUUUAGUGUUGUGGAUGCCGAUUGGGCAGCGAAUAGUGUAGAUCGAAAGUCAUAUUCUGGUUUUGCUUUUAUUUUUGCAGGUGCUCCUAUUAGUUGGGAGGCACGAAAGCAACGAGUGGUGGCACUUUCAAGUACAGAAGCCGAAUAUGUAGCUAUAUCUGAAGCUACAAGGGAGGCUUUGUAUUUAUCAAACAUUUUUAAUAAUAUAGGUAUUGAAUGCGAGUGUGUGACAUUAUUUAAUGACAAUCAGGGUGCGAUUAAAUUAAUUCAAAAUAGAAGUUAUCGGUCCCGAACAAAACAUAUUGAUGUUAGGCACCACUUUGUACGAGAUAUGUGUGAAGAAGGUCUUAUUGAACUCAGAUAUUUAUGUACAGAAAGAAUGCCAGCAGAUGUUUUGACCAAAGGUUUGAGUGGACCAAAACAUCAUGAAUGUUUGCGCAAUUUAGGAAUGAUGGGUAUGUAAGUGUCCAGAGUUUUAUUGCUCACGACUUCGAGGGGAGGUGUUGUAGUGAUGAAAUAAUCGCGAAGAUCGUGAGCCAAUAUAAGUAGUAUAAGAGAUCGUAUGUGUAACUAUAUAUAUAAUACAUGUAUAACUAGGUAUGUUACUAUACCAUCGUGAAGUACGGCAACUGUCAGCGUUGUUAAGUUUGCAAUUUGUCCGCCAUUGUAAAAUAAAUGUUCAUACGUAAGUAAAUCAUCUAAUAACCUGUGUUUAUAAGUAAUAAAGUUUUUUUUUUCAUAGUUCU